AUGUUGCAAAAGCUCAACCCGGAUGUUGACAUUGAGAGAGCCUUGAGAACAAUGGCAACGUCUAGCGAAAGCAAUGAGUCUUCACCUGAAGUACAGUGGCGCUCGGAUCCCGGAAGGGAAAAUGCCCCUUCUGCGGACAAGUUUGAGUGGAACGAAUCUCCACCCUCGCAAACAGACGAUCUAGAUGGAAUGGCAUCAUUGCCAACAAGAAGCACAGGGUCCGGCUAUCUUGGAAAUAGCUCAGGAUCUCAUCUUCUAAGAACUAUCUCGAACUUGCUUCCUGGGUACCCUGUCCCAGAGAAUGAUCAACUGGAACAACUUUCGCCUACGAUUCCCAGUGCAACCAAAGAGCUCUCGUUGUCGGCGGAUCUGGGCAACACCGUCGUCUUAGAAAGCUUAGUUGACUCCUAUUUCAUGUUCUAUAAUCCAUCAUACCCGAUACUGCACGAAAAAACAUUUCGGCAGCAAUACCAGAACCGCGCAGACAUUGACGCCUGCUCGAGAUGGCAUCUGUUAUUCCAUAUUGUCUUAGCAAUCGGGGAAUGGAUUCUCGCUGGCGGACCAGAGACGGAGCAGUCAAGAUACUACAUCGCUGCACGCUCACGCAUGUCGAUGCGUAUGCUGGAAUCAGGAACGCUCCUCACUGUGCAGGCCUUUCUUCUAAUGGGCAAUUAUCUUCAGAAGCGAAAUCGGCCCAACACAGGGUACAACUUCAUUGGGAUUGCAUAUCGGAUGGCCCUUGGGCUUGGGCUUCAUCGCGAGCCACCUGCGGUAACGGGCAAUGACACAUUAUUAUACGAACAGAGGAGGGUUGUCUGGUGGAUCAUUUAUUGCUUUGACAGUGGAUUGAGUCUCACCACCGGAAGACCUAGCACGAUAUCUAACUCCUUCAUUGAAACUCGGUUCCCUCGUAACAUCGACGAUUCCUCCUGCUCUAUGAACUCGCCUCUCCCGGAACCAACGGACAAAACAACUAACGUACUCCACAUGCGAAUGUAA